AUUGUUUAUUAAUAGUUUGUUAUAGUUUUAUUAAUAUAUAUAUAUAUAUAUUUGACUUUAUUUGUUAUAGGCGUUGGAAUUGUUGAAGGCCAAUUUGUGCGUAUUAGUACUACAGCAGUAGCAUUAUGGCAACAAAUGUUACGAAUUCCUGAAAUUUUAACUAUGGUAAAACGAAAUAAGCAUAGUAAACGAAAAUCUGGUGAAAUUCUUAUAGCGCAAUUACCAUCAUAUAUUUACAAUAUUGACACACCUAUUAGAUGGUGGCAAACUUGCGAAAUGAAGCCACCAUCUUCAAUACCUUGCAACUAAAAUGUUUUCCGUUUCACCACAUGCCGCUAACUGUGAGCGUAUUUGGUCAGUUUGUGGUUGGAUCCAUGGAACACGUCGUACAAAAAUUUUGGUGAAAAAUCUUGAUGCAAUUGCGCAGAUCCAUUCUUAUUAUAUUUUUAAUAACAAAUCUGAAUUAUCACAUUAUGGUGUAGAAAAAUCUGAAGAGGAGAUUCAGCAAAUUUUAAGAGAUGCAGAUUUAUAUGAAGAAGAAGAAGAAAUAACUUUGGAAGAAAUUAUGACUGAAAUUAAUUUGGAACAGACUGCUAUUGAUGAUGAUUUAGAAGCCAUUAAUGACGAACCAUUGGAACUUGAGGAAGCUCUGAAUUUGUCCAAUUCACGAUUUUUACAUGAUGCUUCUACACCUUAUGUGGAAUGUGAUGAAAAUGAUGAUUCAGUUGAUUAUACCAAUUUGUUAAUGGAAUAUGAUGAAGAAGGUGACUAUAAUCCAGAAGAAUUAGCAAAAAUGUUCGAAAGAUUUAAUGUGUAGUAAUAUUUUUUUUUAGUAAAUGUAAUAAUAAAUUUUUGAUAAAAUGAAUAAAUAACA